UUUAUUGCCGAAAAACCCAUGGAUAUUACGCAGUAAAAACCUUUAAGGAGAAUGAAGCAAACAAAUCGAUGGUGUUGAAAGAAACAUUCAUCCUCCUCCACUUGGCCGGGAGUUCCAGGGUUACCCAGUUAUGCCGGGCGUUUACCAUCAAACUCACAAAAACAGCCUUAGCGCUUGAGUAUUUGCCCGGUGGGGACUUUGCUGGAGUUCUGCGAGCCCAGGGAGGAAAACUGAGUGAGGAACGCGCCAGGUUUUACGCCGUCGAUAUCGGCCUGGGAUUGAAAUAUUUGAAUUCGAAAAACGUCAUCCACAGAGAUCUAAAACCGGAAAAUAUUCUGGUAACCUCAAAUGGCCACCUGAAGCUGUCAGACUUCGGUCUGAGCGAAUUUGUCGGCUUUGCAGUCACUGGAGUAUGUGGAACUUAUCCAUAUAUGGCGCCUGAGAUGAUCAUGGGAGAGUCUUAUACUUACUCUGUGGACUGGUGGUCCUUUGGCGUGACUUUAUUCCUGAUGCUGACCGGCAAGCUACCAUUUUAUGGUAAAGACAAGAGACAACUUUUCGAAAACAUCGUAUACACAACGCCUGAUAUCCCCAAUUGGCUUGGGAGAGAGACCAGAGAUUGCCUUUUCAAGCUUCUCCAAAAAUGCCCGGAUGUGAGGCUUGGCGUUGACAAUUUUCAAUACCAUCCGUUCUUCAGCUGUCUUCAGUCUUCAGAACCUCUCGCAAUUGCAUGUGGUCCAUCCGCGGUAAAUACGACAGCAGAGAAUGAGAUUAACUACAUCUCUGGAUUUUCAUCUUUACUGUCAGACGAUGCAAAUAUCAUCAUUGCGAUGUUCAAUUGCACUUAA